AUGAAUCAGAAAUUUAAACAACAAGAUGAUAUCGCAAUUGUCGGUAUUGGGUGCAGAUUACCUGGUGGCUCAAGAACACCACAACAAUUCUACGAUCAGUUACUCCAAGGUCUUGAUGGUAUCACAACGUCGACACCAGACAGAUGGUCGAAAUCAUUCAGUGAUCAGAAUUUCAUUAACACUGACAACCAAUAA